CGAUUGUCUCUGUAUUGGAUCGCGACCUGAGCGCUUUCGACUUCCGUUAAAAGUGCAAGAUCGUUCUUGCCUCUUUCCGUUUGUUUCCUUAAUCAUGGCGGUGGGGAAAAAUAAGGGGCUAUCAAAAGGAGGCAAGAAAGGAGUUAAGAAGAAGAUUGUGGACCCUUUCACUCGUAAAGAUUGGUACGAUGUUAAGGCCCCGUCGAUGUUUGCCACUCGCCAAGUGGGCAAGACCCUUGUGAACAGAACUCAGGGAACCAAAAUUGCCUCUGAGGGUCUCAAGUUCCGUGUCUUUGAAGUGUCAUUGGCUGAUCUUCAAAAUGACCAGGAUGCCGAGAGGUCUUUCCGUAAGUUCAGACUCAUUGCCGAGGAUGUACAGGGCCGUAACGUCCUGACCAAUUUCCAUGGAAUGGACUUGACCACCGACAAGUUGCGUUCAAUGGUCAAGAAAUGGCAAACUCUCAUCGAGGCUAAUGUCGAUGUGAAAACCACCGAUGGAUAUCUCCUCAGAAUAUUCUGCAUCGGAUUCACCAACAAAGAUCAGCUGAGCGCCAGAAAGACCUGCUACGCCCAACACGCUCAGGUGCGCAACAUUCGUAAGAAGAUGGUCGAAAUCAUCACUAAAGACAUAACUACGAGCGACCUUAAGGGCGUAGUUAGCAAGCUAUUGCCCGACGCUAUCGCCAAGGACAUUGAGAAGGCCUGCCAAGGAAUCUACCCCCUCCAUGACGUCUACAUUCGCAAGGUCAAGGUACUAAAGAAGCCCCGAUUCGAGCUAAGCAAACUUCUGGAGUUGCACGGUGACGGAGGUGGUGGCAAGACCGGAGAAGGUGGUGAAACUGGCUCGAAGGUCGACAGGCCCGAGGGUUACGAACCUCCCGUACAGGAGUCCGUUUAAUUAAAAUGUACUUCUAACAUCUCUUAUAAAAAUAAAAACCACUUUUCAGUGUGA